GCCCACUUCACAAUCGGGCUGAGGGCUCGGGGAAGACGGCGGACGGAUCACGAAGAAUCAGCCUGGGGCAUAUCGCGUGAAUGAACCCCACCUGGCUAAGGGUCAGCUGCACCCCGGUCGUUCUGCAUCUCGCUGUGUUGGGUGCGAGCCUGAUUCAUGCAUGCAGAGCCAUAAUAAUGCGAUGACCCCAUCUCACAAGGUUUAUUUCCACAUCAACGCCCAGCUCGAUGCGCCAUCUCGCGGACCGCACGGACCGGCUUGCGAGGCCUACAUAAGAUGGGCAAGGUCGUUUCCUAAUCUCCGCAUUUUGCUCUCCAACUAGAUCCAACAUCAUGUCUUUCGGAAAGAUUCUCACUCUGUCGAGCGGCACUCCCAUCCCACAGCUCGGCUUCGGCACAUGGCAAGCCAAGCCUGGCGAGGUCGGAAACGCGGUCGAGGUCGCCGUGAAGAACGGAUACAGACAUCUCGAUCUCGCCAUGAUCUACGAGAACCAGCAGGAGAUCGGCGAGACUUUCAAAAAGAUCUUCCCCAGCGUCGUGAAGCGCGAGGAGGUCUUCAUCACCUCCAAGUGCUGGAACUCGGCCCACCAGCCCGCUGAGGUUGAAAAGGAGCUCGACGAGACUUUGAAGCAAUUGGGCAUUGAAUACCUUGAUCUGUACCUGAUCCACUGGCCCGUGGCAUUCCAGCCUGGAAAUGGCCUGUACCCACCGCACCCAACCAUACCCGGCGAGGUUGCCCUUGACACCGAGACCUCUCUCGUCGAUACGUGGAAAGCUAUGAUCGCCUUGCCCAAAUCCAAAGUCCGCAACGUCGGCGUCUCGAACUUCACUAUUGAGCACAUCGAGGCCAUCAUCGAGGCUACCGGCGUCGUGCCCGUUGCGAACCAGAUCGAGGGCCACCCGCUGCUUCCCCAAGACGAGCUCGUCGCGUACUGCAACUCCAAGAACAUCCACAUCACGGCGUACAGCUCUCUCGGAAACAACUCUAUCGGCGCUCCCCUGCUCACGGAGAACCCCGUGAUCGUCGAGGUCGCGACGUCGAUGGGCGUGUCGCCCGCGCAGGUCCUGCUGGCAUGGGGCAUUCAACGCGGCUACUCCGUGAUCCCGAAGAGUGUGACCGCGUCGCGGGUCAUCGCCAACUUCCAGCAGGUCAAGCUCAGCGACGCAGACUUUGCCAAACUCAACGAGCUGGGCAAGAAACCCGUGCGGUACAACAUUCCCUUCCGGUACACACCCAAGUGGGACAUCAGCCUCUGGGGCGAGGAGGCUGAGAAGACGGCAACAUACAAAGUGAAGAUCGUCUAA